GCAUAAAAUAGGCAAAAAAAAAAAAGUGCUGGGCCACAUGUAUGUUCAAAUCAGCUGUUACUUCUUUUCCCCCAUCCUGAAGGUUUAUCAGCAAGUUUCAUUCAUCCCACUUAUUUUCUCUCUGGAAUUUAUUUUCCCUUCAGAACAUGGUUUGAUGUUUCUGUUUUGUCUCCAAAGGAAGCACCCAGCACUGUUACACUCAUUGGCUUUCACUGGUGCCAAGGCAGCACGAGGUUAUUGUCAGCUUUCAAAAAGACCCUUUGGUGUCAGAGAGGAAUGAGUCCUCCCAUGGAAGUGCUGCCGGUGUGGCCUGCCCUCGCUGCAUGUGGUACCGUGGCGCUGUACCUGCUCGCAGCGGCUGUGGGCUCAUUAAUUUAUCCAUUUGUUAUUUGGGAAGGAGGCUUGCGGCUGAGUGGAGAGAAUCCCUGAGGUCAUUGGGGAGUCCUUGCUGUCAAGGUGUGGGGCAAGGAUAUGGAGUAAUUCAGGGGGUAUUGGUGUAGCAGGGAGCAUUCACCCCUGCAAUGGAGAGUGCUGUACGAAGUGCUGAGGUGGUGGUGAAAAACACCUUGAAAACAAGGUCAGAAGCGGUGCUGUUAGCUUUCCGUUCAAGAGGAGGUCUCUCAGGCUGGGGAAGCAACCUGUUAAAAGUGAAAACGUGGUUUGUGUCUGCCUUAUCUGAGCAAAAGAAAACAUCAGGAGAAAUAAUCGGGAGCAUUGGGCCCUUUCUCUGCAAGGAAGGGGAGAGGGGAGCUGGAGCUGAUGGGGUGGGGAAGCAGGUGCAGCGCUGCUCUGUGAGAAGUGAGGUUUUGCUUCUGAGGUUGUUAGGGGGAUGCUGAGAAGAGGAAACGAGUGAGAAAGUAAAGCCUCCGUUUGUGGCAGAAAUGCUGGAGCACCUCCUUAGGAGAGGCCAAUGCAGGUGGACGGGCAGCAGGUUGACUCCUCACUGCACUGUGAAAACCAUUAGGAAAAAGUCCUUGGGGUUAAAACCUGGGGCUCCACAGUGUUACGUGCACUUGGGGCUAGAAAUUAUUUUAAAUGGCGACUGAUCUGUCUGAAGCUGAACCCGUGCAUCAUAAGGCGCUUCCACUCUUAACGGGAGCUCAGCUGAUCCACACGGACAAGUUAAGUGAGAAAGUUGAAGACGAAACGAUGCCGAUCCGUCGCUCGGUAAAUUCUUCUUCCCGAGAAACUCCUCCCAAAAGCAAACCUGCUGAAGGUGGUGAAGAGGUCAAAGCAGUAGAUGCAGAAGCCACCUCUGAGGAGUCUGCUUCUGCUGGAGAAGAACAAGAGAACGAAACCUUGCCUGCUGCAUCCAGUGAAGCAGAACAGCCAAAGGAACCUGAGAAUGAAGGGAAGGGGGAAACAAAGUCCUCGGAAGAAACCAAAAAGGAUGAGAAGGAUCAGUCUAAGGAAAAGGAGAAGAAAGUGAAAAAGACCAUUCCUGCAUGGGCUACUCUUUCUGCUAGUCAGCUAGCUAGAGCACAGAAGCAAACUCAGAUGGCUGCCACUUCACGUCCCAAGAUGGAUGCUAUUUUAACUGAGGCCAUCAAAGCAUGCUUUCAAAAGAGUGGUGCCUCGGUUGUUGCAAUACGUAAAUACAUCAUCCACAAAUAUCCUUCCCUGGAGCUUGAGAGGAGAGGCUAUCUUCUAAAGCAAGCAUUGAAAAGGGAGCUGGAGAGAGGGAUCAUUAGACAGGUGAAAGGAAAGGGAGCUUCUGGGAGCUUUGUGGUUGUGUCUAAUGCAGGAAAAACUGUUCCAAAAGCCAGAGACAGAAAGAAAAGCACUUCCGCUUCGACUCCAGAGCAACAGGUCAAGCUGGAAGACAUCCUGCCACUGGCUUUCACCCGCCUUUGUGAGCCGAAGGAAGCUUCUUACAGCCUGAUCAAGAAAUAUGUGUCUCAGUAUUACCCCAAACUCAAAGUAGAUGUAAGACCUCAGCUGUUGAAGAAUGCCCUGCAGAGAGCUGUAGAGAAGGGCCAGCUAGAGCAGAUCACAGGGAAAGGAGCAUCUGGGACAUUCCAGCUGAAGAAGUCAGGGGAGAAGCCCCUGCUGGGUGGGACUCUGAUGGAAGAUGCCAUCCUGUCUGCUAUUGCGGCCAUGAACGAACCGAAGACCUGCUCCACCACAGCACUGAAGAAGUAUAUCCUGGAAAACCACCCAGGGACCAACUCCAACUUCCAGGUGCAUCUACUGAAGAGAACCCUGCAGAGAUGUGAGAAGAAUGGUUGGCUGGAGCAGAUUUCUGGAAAGGGCUUCAGUGGAACCUUUCAGCUUUGCUUCCCUUAUUAUCCUAGUCCAGGUGUGCUCUACCCAGAGAAGCAGCAGGAUGAGGACUCUGAAGAAUCUGAUGAGGAAGAGGAGGAGGAAUCUGAGGAGGAAGAAGAAUCAGAAGAGGAAGAGUCUGAGGAGGAAGAGCCACCACCAAAGAAAAGGAUGCAGAAGAGACCUCCUCCAAAAUCACGGAGUAGGGCCCCUCCGAUGAAACGGAGAGAGUCCAAGCCUAAGCCAAGAAAAACCCCUGCAGCCCGCAGCGGAAAAGCAAAGCCCCCACCCAAGGUGAAAACCCCUGCUAAGAAAGCCAAACCAGCAGCCCCAGCCAUCAAGAAACCCUCUGGUGGCAGCUCUUCCAAGAAACCAGCAGCCAGUGGGAGGAAGGAAGUGAAACCCUCUGCCAAGGGCAAACCUACCAUGAGGAAAUCUCUCCGGGCAAAAAAGUAAAUUUUUCCAGUGUCAGGGAAUCCCAUGGUCCCACAAUCUUGUUUUAUAAAGUCAAUGUGCAUUUGUAUUUUAGUUCUGAUGCUUAAACACUUUUUUUUUUGUUGUUGUUUUCCUUGGAUGAUGGGGGAAAAGAUGAAAACUAAAUCAAACCAUCCCAAGCAUUUGCUAGAUCUCAGUGCUGUGCCUCGUGCCUACCCCUCCCCUGGAACAGGUCAUCUUUAGUUUCUGCAAUAAUUUUAGAACUCUUCUAGGACAUGUAAUCUGUACCUUUUAUGGUGUUCCUCUUGGGUUUGGAGGGAGGGGGUGGCUUUUAAAAAUUCUUCAAAUAAGUUCUUUGUCUCUUUAGACAGCAGGAACAUGGUGAUUGGGGAAAUAAGAUUCUUAACUGAGAAGGUACAGCGGCACUAGAGUCCUUAGAUCCCCUGCAUGAUGAGGUCCUUCAUGCUUCUGUGAAGAAGCAGUGUAUAUACAGCACUUGCACUGAGUCCUGGAGGUGCUUCUUUCUGCUCGGCCGUUGUAGUGACAGGCUAAGGAGGUGGUGCAUUUGGCUCCUUCAGACCAGCACAUUUUGAGGGUGAGUAGACAUCUUCAGUAACCGGAGGCUGCCACAUGUACUGAUCGUCUGACACCGGGGGGCUUGAAAAGGGGUAGUUCUCGGCUGGGCGGGUGAUUUGAAUUAGUGUUUCCACACCACAUCUGUUACCUUAAAACCAAAAUAUAUAAAAGUCUUCUUGAAUCCAACUUUCAAACAUUUUUAAGAGAUGAAGAGCCUAAGUUUUGUCACUUCUUGUUUACCCUUUUUUAAAGAAAAGUUGGAGAGCUAUACAAUUGCUAAUGUAGAGAUGUUGAUAAGUGAAGAACAUGCAGUUUGCUAAAAUAAAAUGAAACUAGAUUCCA